ACUCUCAUCUUCCUCGCCACAUUCAAAUUCGAAACAGAGAAAAAAACAGAGUUCGAAAUUUGGUUUUUGUUCUACAAUUUGGAUCAGCAAAAAUGUCGCUAUUGGUGGAGAAAACCAGCAGUGGACGUGAGUACAAGGUGAAGGACAUGGCGCAAGCCGAUUUCGGGCGCCUUGAAAUCGACCUCGCGGAGGUUGAAAUGCCGGGAUUAAUGGCGUGCAGAACCGAAUACGGGCCAUCGCAGCCUUUCAAGGGAGCCAGAAUCACCGGAUCUCUCCACAUGACCAUCCAAACCGCCGUCCUCAUCGAAACCCUAACCGCUCUCGGCGCCGAGGUCCGUUGGUGCUCCUGCAACAUUUUCUCCACUCAGGACCACGCCGCCGCCGCCAUUGCUCGGGAUAGCGCCGCCGUGUUCGCCUGGAAGGGGGAGACUCUGCAGGAGUACUGGUGGUGCACGGAGCGGUCGUUGGAUUGGGGACCGCAGGGCGGUCCGGAUCUGAUCGUCGACGAUGGUGGCGAUGCUACGCUGUUGAUCCAUGAGGGAGUUAAGGCGGAGGAGAUCCAUGAGAAGUCAGGGACGCUACCGGAUCCUUCUUCGACUACCAAUCCGGAGCUUCAGAUUGUUUACACCAUUAUCAGAGAUGGAUUGAAGACUGAUCCUAAGAGGUACCACAAGAUGAAGGAGAGAUUGGUCGGUGUCUCGGAGGAGACGACCACUGGUGUGAAGAGGUUGUACCAGAUGCAGCUUAAUGGAACCUUGCUCUUCCCCGCCAUUAAUGUCAAUGACUCUGUCACUAAGAGCAAGUUUGAUAACUUGUACGGAUGCCGCCACUCCCUCCCAGAUGGUUUGAUGAGAGCUACGGAUGUCAUGAUUGCUGGAAAGGUUGCUGUUGUGUGUGGCUACGGAGAUGUUGGAAAGGGCUGUGCUUUUGCCCUCAAGCAAGGUGGAGCUCGUGUAAUCGUCACGGAGAUCGACCCGAUUUGCGCCCUGCAGGCUUUGAUGGAAGGCUUCCAGGUCUUGACCCUCGACGAUAUCGUCUCCGAGGCAGACAUCUUCGUCACCACCACAGGCAACAAGGACAUCAUCAUGGUGAGCGACAUGAGGAAGAUGAARAACAAUGCAAUUGUCUCCAACAUCGGUCACUUCGACAACGAGAUCGACAUGCUCGGGCUCGAGACUUACCCUGGAGUGAAGCGCAUUACGAUCAAGCCUCAAACCGAUAGGUGGGUCUUCCCGGAUACAAAAACAGGCAUCAUUGUGCUGGCGGAGGGGCGGCUGAUGAACUUGGGUUGUGCGACUGGCCACCCGAGCUUUGUGAUGUCCUGCUCAUUCACAAACCAAGUGAUUGCACAGCUUGAGCUGUGGAAUGAGAGGAACACUGGAAAGUAUGAGAAGAAAGUAUAUGUUUUGCCAAAGCAUCUUGAUGAGAAAGUUGCAUCUCUUCACCUUGGCAAGCUUGGAGCCAAGCUCACUAAGCUCAGCAAGGACCAGGCCGACUACAUUAGCGUCCCCAUUGAAGGUCCUUACAAGCCUGCUCACUACAGGUACUGAAUGGACAGAAGAGCGAGAUGGGAUCGGGAUCGGGAGGACGGUCUGAGAGGUUUGUUGUUUUUGUUUGAAUUGACUAUUAGAAUUUGAUAUAUAGAGUUAUAGGUGGUUUCGAUUUUGAAUUCGGGUUUUCUUGGAGAAGUUUGGUUGGGACAAAGAUUAAAUUCUUUUGUCAUAAAGAUCAAAUGGAUUGAAUAAGGUUGGACUGGGAUGAGUUGGGAUACUGUUGUAUUUCCUUGCAGUUUGUUAGGCUGCAUAUUCAUAAAAGCAAAGAAAUGGUAAUAGCUAAACAAACAAUUCCUUUUA